AUGGCCGCCAUGUCACGAGGCGCCACCACACAGUCGGCCCCUCAGUCCAAGAAAAUCCAGAUGAAACAACUUCGCGCCCCAAGAAAAGUCAAGGGCGGCACCGAAUCCACCCGCAACCAUGUCUUCAAGGGCUUCUCGCAGCGCAUUGCGCAGCUCAAGAUCGAACCAGUGCGCCGCGGUCGCAGUACGAUUCUCGACGAUGCUGAACUCGAGUCGAACUUCUCUUACUUCCGAGACUCAUUUCUGGAAUGGAAGGAACUCAACAUGUCCGAGGCCUUCACCAGCUUUACCCGCAAAGUCGGGCCUCUAUGCGACAGCCUCCCGCAGGUCCUCCACCACAGCGACCGCAUCUUUGCCCUGCUCGUGGAAUUUAUCGAAAGAGGUGAAACGUUCAGCCAGGAGCCGCUGCUCAGUCUCAUGUCACACCUUGCCCACGACUUGGGAGAAAAGUUCGAGAAGCACUUUGAGCAGGCAGUCAGGACAGUAUCACGCUUGGCCUCUACGCAUGCGGAAGUCGAGGUGAUAGAAUGGAGCUUCGGAUGUCUAGCUUGGUUGUUCAAAUACCUAUCUAGGCUGCUAGUACCGGAUCUGCGUCCUGUCUUCAAUCUCAUGUCGCCUCUGUUGGGAAAAGAGCAUCAGAAGGCUUUCGUUUCACGGUUUGCCGCCGAGUCCCUCAGCUUUCUUAUCCGAAAAGCAGGGGUUGGCUAUCAUCGAGAUAAGAAGCCGCUGCAGCUGAUCAUCAGACACAUCUCAGUUCAGCUACAAGAUCUUGCAGAGUCUCCUCGAAACCAUGAGUUUCAGCACGGCAUCAUGUAUCUUCUGACUGACUCACUGAAAGGUGUACAACGAGGCUUCCACUCGAGUGCCGCCGCCAUACUGCAAGUCUUACUGACUGAAACCUUCGAUGAAGAUUACAUCGACUUGCAGGAUCCACCGCUAGAACGGAUCCUCAUUGGGGUUCUUACCGCCAGCAUACACCAUUCGGACGCGGAGACCUUUAAGCCGCUCCUUGACAUUGUUCUGGCCCAAAUAAACACCAUCUCAACAGAUACAAGAUUUGUUAGACUGGCAUCCCAUCUUCUGCUUGUAGUCUCUGGCGUACGAGUCGGUGCUCGUAUAAUUGAUUGGAGGCCUGUCCUCGGCUCGAUUAGUCGUUUGGUAGACUCAGCCUCUGCCAUGGCCCAGCUAAAUCCUAUUGAUGCAUGGGACCUUCUUGCGGUGGUUUCUGUUGCGUUUCAGUAUUGUGCUAUGGAUGCAGCCAUUCCACAUGAGAAGAUAUUAGAGAGUCUUUCGAAAGGAGUGUGGGAAAUAUUUUUUCUGCCAUUUUGCAACUUAUUUGCCGACUUGGGUGCAGAAAGGUUCCGAGCUUUACUCUUGCCUUACUUCAAGAGAUUCAUCGCGCAGAAAUCACAUGAGCAUGGCCCAGAACUCUGUGCUGUUCUCCCCCACCUGUAUCAUAGCGGAUCACUCGCACAUCACGCGGUGCAGCUGCCCGACCGUUGGCAAGCCACAUUCCAUGAGCCAUUUGAUACCUUAACUGCCUCUGAUACCCAAGACAACGUGCUAUAUCCAACAUACCAUUGCAAUGCAUUGUUGGAAACCAUAGGUGUGGCUGGCACGUCACAAGAAACCGAGAUGAGUAUUCAAAAGAGCUUGAGAGAACUACUGGAGCGUGCCGUUACCGCAAGCAAAGAUCAACCAUUGCGCACCGUCGAUACCUUCGCAGUAGGUAGCGGCUUCGAAUUCCUUGUUGCCAAAAGCGACGACAAAACUAUAGCAACGCAUCUGUGGCCCUUGCUGUGUGAGGCCUCUUCUGUACACGGCCACUCUCUUGCCUUCUGGCAUGCCAUCCGUGUAUUGUUACAGAAGCACAGUGAGAGCAUGUCCAAAAUGGGGCCCCAUAUGGACACGCUCAAAGGGUCACUCAUGCACUGCUUGGGAUCGCCCUCGCACGAUCUGAGACUCACAGCUAUCUUCAUCCUCGAUCUCAUCGCUGGUCGAAACGAAACACUGCGUAAUAUUAUCUCCGUCGCCAAGCUGAUAGAGCAGACACCCUUAAAUCUUGAAAACCAACGAGCCAUAUCGAUGCGUACUGGACAGCUUGCAAAGUUGUACCCCGAAGUAUGUUCCGAUGAGUGGAUAGGAACAGCAAUUCCUACCUUCUGUCUAGGUCUUUUACACGUUCGCAUGGCCUCAGUCUGGGACGACACUUGCACGGCUUUAAAAUCGAUGUGUGAGACUAGAGAAGGCGAAGAAGUCAUCACACAGACUGCUUUCCAGUGGUUGAGUCUUCCGGAGGACGGAGAGUCCUCAGCUAAGAACGAUGUGGUUCCCUCAUCACGGCGAUACAUUGAAGAAUUUGAGUGUACGAACUUGGUACAGGUACAAGAGCAUGUGGCCAAUAUUCAGACACAGACGGGCUGUACCGAAGAUUUGCUGCGCGUGAUGUUCGAAGACAAGCACGCUCCGACACCCUUUCAUAACUCUUCCAACAGAAGCCAAGCGCUCAGGCUGUUUGCAUUCAUACCCCACAUCGCGGAGAAGCGCUCACGUCUUCUUGUACCUGCCCUCCUCGACUGGGCACUAGACCAUCCAAUGCUAGCCGCCGAUGAUGGUCACAAUGUUGCCGAUGCAUUUCCAACUUCCUCGAAACAUCGUUGGGCUAGGAAAGACCAAAAAGCCAUGUUGUCUGUCUUCGCCAAGUUCCAGAACCCCAAGGUCUUAUAUCGUACGGAUGAGGUGCGGCAAGCCCUGCUCGCAUUAUUGAGCAACGGAGAUGUCGAUAUUCAGAAGGCUGCGCUCAAGGCGCUAUUGACAUGGAAAGAUUCUGCGGUAAUCGCACAUCAAGAGCAGUUGCUCAAUUUGCUAGAUGAUGCUCGGUUCAGGGAUGAGCUACCUCUCUUUCUGAGUGAUGGCAAGCUUCAUGACGAUGAAGUUGCGCAUAUACUUCCAAUUGUCCUGCGGCUCCUUUAUGGCAAAAUAAUCUCUGGAAAGCGCGGUUUGGAAUCAAAGAGGAAGGCCGUGUUUGUGGGACUUAAAAACAGAUUUGGAGACGAGGCGAUUCACCAAUUUCUAGAUAUCGCUUUCGGACCACUCAGCCGUAUAUCGCUCAUCCAGAACUCCUCACUAGAUGAGGAACUCUUGCAAAAAAGUGCCGUAGAGACACGCAAACAGGCCGGAAUGCUCAACCUGUUAGACGAUCUUCUUGGCACGCUUGAGAACACGUUCGCACCAUUCACAUCAGCCGUCGUAGAUCCAGUUCUAUACUGCGCCAUCAAAUCUUCUCGCAGUCUCACGGCAGUUGGUACGAUUGAGAAGAAUGGAGAUUGUACAAUGCAAACAUCACUGCUAAAAGCUGUUCGUCAACGCGCGCUGCAUAUCUUGGCUAAGCUUUUCACAAACAGCCCGGAUUUUGAUUGGGGCUUAUACAUGCAAGCUAUCAUCAAUGAACUCGUGGAGCCCAGACUUGAGCAGUUGCCAAUCGAGACGGCUCAAUCCGUAUCCGGAAUUCUUCGACUCUUCGCAGCGUGGUCCAAGUCGCCCCACACGGCUCUUUUCCUAGUAGAGUAUAAUAAGGACGUUCUAAUCAAAGCUAUUGAUUGCUUGGAUGUCCCAUCCGCCAAAGACGUUGUCAGAUGCUUCGUUCUGGAGGAGAUUAUCCGAAACAUUGUGUUCCUAGUCACCAACCAGGGCGCAACAACUACGACAGAGUCAAAGCUUCUCCAGAACCGUGUCCAGACCGAGAUCAUCCAGCAAUAUUCAAACGUUAUGCUUAGCCGAGUUGGCAAUCUUCUCCGACGAAGCCCAAGCAAAGAUGUACUUGAAUCAGGAGUGCAAACCGUCGCAGAUAUGGCUCCCUAUGUGACGGGCUCGGUAGAGGCGCGAAGCAUGAUUGAGAUAGCUACAUUUCUCCUCCGCCAACCAGCAAAGCGGGUCAACUCACGUACUAAGCUGGGUCUACUGAAGAUCUUACAUGAGUUCAUAAAGCGCUGCGAUCAACAAAACCUUCACGAGCUAUUCAGUACCAUCUAUGAUGCCAUUUGUCCCAUGUUUGCCUUUGUUCACGAACGGACGGCAAGGAACCUGCUCUGCGAUAUUGUUCAAGACCUGGCCGGCACACAGGAAGACUUGGUGUCCAUCGCCAAGUUAUGCUACGCUCUCAAUUCCUUCACUAAGGGGCGUCUGGAUGAGCCCGACUUCCAAUGUCGCUCGCUUGCAUUCGACGAAAUCAACGAACACAACUACCGCUUAUAUUCAAUGAAACAAUGGAGACCGCUUGCCUACAACAUGCUGUUCUUCAUAAAAGACAAUGAUGAACUCAGCAUUCGAGUCAAUGCAUCCCUAUCCCUCCGUCGCUUGAUUGAAGUUUCCAAUAGUGAUGAGUUCAAAAAUUUCAUCUCUACGGCUGUCUUGCCUGGGAUCCAGAGCGGUGUACGCGAGACGUCGGAGCUUGUCCGCGUUGAGUUUCUAACAGUUCUCGAGUAUCUCGUCAAAAUGCAUCCCAACUGGAGUCCUUUGGUCGACCUGCACGUGCUCUUAUCUGAGGACGAUGAGGCGUCCUUCUUUAGCAACAUCUUGCAUAUGCAGGGCCAUCGUCGGACUAGGGCCCUACGCCGAUUGGCUACUAAUGCCUCUCACUUGCAAGGUGUUAACAUCUAUCACAUCCUGAUUCCCUUGCUGGAGCACUUCGUAUUUAAUAAGGGUGAUGAUGAAGGCGCAGACAGCCUAUUAGGAGAGACGGUAAGGACUCUAACGGCACUGGCAGAGGGAUUGGAAUGGCCUCAACUCCGCUCGCUACUCAAGAGAUAUAUCGGUUAUCUGGCGAGUAAGGAAGACAUGCAAAAAUCCCUAAUUAGGCUUAUUGCAGGAUUGCUAGAUGGAUUGAACCUAGCAGGACGCGCCAAAGGAUACGUCAACAUAGUGGACUCUCAACAAGAUACCGAGUCUUUUUCACAAGGGAACGAUGUAUCAGAUGUCAUGGAUGUCAUGGAUGUUGAAAAACCUUUGUCAACCCUCACGAGAACGCUUCCACAACAAGAGAAGUUGACAAAAGAUUUGAUCGAUCAGUUCUUGCCCGAUCUAACAGGAUUUCUACAUAAGAAAGACGAAGCGACUGUGAGUCUGCGAGUGCCGAUCGCUGUCGCCAUCGCCAAGGUACUCCUCGUCCUUCCUCCGACCGAGAUUGAAUCGCGUCUGCCUGCAGUCCUGCUGGACAUCUGCUACAUCCUCAAAAGUCGUGCUCAGGAGAGUCGAGAUAUGGCACGAAAUACACUCAGUGACAUUGCUGUGCUCAUGGGACCGGGUUACAUUGGCUUCAUCCUAAAAGCAUUACGUACCGCUCUCCAGCGUGGCUACCAACUGCACGUACUCUCCUUCACACUCCACCACAUCCUUGUCAAGCUUUUGGAUCAGUUGAAGCCUGGUGACCUCGAUUAUUGUCUUGCGGAUAUAGUCGAUGUUGUCAUGGACGAUACUUUUGGCAUUACUGGACAAGAAAAAGACGCUGAAGAGUAUAUCAGCAAGAUGAAGGAGGUAAAAAGUAGUAAGAGUUUUGAUUCUAUGGACAUUGUAGCAAGAUCUGCUACUCCGUCACAUAUUAUCAAGUUGGUGCUUCCCAUAAAAUCUCUUCUCAUCGAGAAGCUCAACGCGAGAAUGGUUCAAAAGAUUGACGAGUUGUUGCGACGGAUCGGACUUGGAGUCCUUCAGAAUCCCACAGUAAACAAUCGGGACAUUCUCGUAUUUUGCUUCGAGCUUAUCAAAGAGACAUAUGACGCUAGUACCUCAACCGACAAGAAGCUCAAGAUCGACCCAAAAAAUAAGCGAUACCUCAUCAACAACAGAGGCGCGGCGAAAUCUGGUGCGCGCCUCUCUACUUCAUCAUACUUAUACAAAAUGAUUCGUUUCGGCAUAGAUACUCUUCGGACUGUACUACGGAAGCAUGAUGAGCUUCAAACACCCCAUAACUUGGCUGGCUUCCUGCCAGUCAUUGGCGAUGCCAUGGUACAGGGACAAGAAGAGGUGCAGGUUUCUGCUAUACGCCUCCUCACUACCAUCAUCCGGGUCCCAAUGGCCGAGCUUGACAUGAACUGCCCUGUGUAUAUCGACGAAGCUAUGCGUGCGAUCAAGGGCGCAUUAUCAUCAAAUACGGAACUUGCACAAGCAUCGUUAAAACUAGUCUCGGCAGUUUUACGCGAGCGACCAAACGUAGAGAUCAAGGAGCGCGACAUCGGCCACCUCCUGAAGCGCAUGCUCCCCGACUUUGAUGAGCCCGACCGUUCCGGUGUAACCUUUGGCUUUCUCAAAGCAGUCAUGAAUCGUCAAUUUGACGUUCCAGAGAUGUACGAGGUCAUGGAUAAGGUUGCAGAGAUGAUGAUCACCAACCAAACAAAAUCUGCAAGAGACCUCGCUCGGAGCCACUACUUCCAGUUCCUGACAUCCUACACACAAAGUGAGAAACGGUUCAGGAAGCAGAUGGAAUUCCUGCUGAAGAACUUGCGAUACGAACACGUAGAAGGCCGACAGUCUGUAAUGGAUGCUUUGGAUCUGGUACUCACCAAAGCGCUUCCAAGAUUCCCACAGAAAGCGCAGUACGAGUAUCAUGGAAUGGUGUUCCUCCCGUUGAUCAGCACUGUAGCAAACGACGAUUCAAGCAAAUGCCGGGAAUUGGCCAGUAUUCUCAUCAAGAGACUAUUCCAAUACGCAAGCGACGGGCGGCUGCAGAACUUUACCGCAGACCUCAAGGGAUGGCUGGAACAAGACAACAACAUAGGGCUAAGACGGCUGAGUAUCCAAUGCUGGGGCUUCUACUUCGAGGCUAUGAACCAAGAAGAUGAGCCAAAGGAACUGUCUCAAGUGCUUGAUCAAGUCGAUCAGAUCGUUGACCUAUGUCUCACACGUCGUGACGAAGACGAUUGGGAGCUUCUUUACUAUGCUCUCACCUUAAUCUCCAAGAUCUGCAAGAAGUAUGCAGAUAUCAUGUUCUCUGCCGGAAGGUGCAGUCUGUGGACCGCCAUUGAGGCCAGCGCGUCAUAUCCUCACAUGUGGGUGAAACUCAAGUCUGCGGAACUGCUAGGGAUCUAUUUCGCGCAUCUCGGUAUCUCCAACAAAGACACCGGCCUAGAUGCGUUGCCGUUGAAGGGGUCUGGCGGACUGCAACUGUCAGAGCAGAGUAUGACACAACUUUGCAAUGUCUUCCUCAGAAACUUGUCAAACUCAGACGUAACGGAACAGCUUUGCAUGCAGAGUGUCAAGAAUAUCGCCUUCCUAGCGCGCUGUCUCACUGUCAACGGAGCAGGUUGGCAGUGGCAAAAGAUUGACAAUGAUGAGGAUGAGGAAGAUAAGCUGACGGCAAUGGGGACCGAAGUAGCACAUGAAGACGGAAUGUCGUCGGACGAAGAGUCUGCAAGACCUAAAGCAAACAGAUCGAAGGAUACUGAAGCACUACCGACAGCCAUUCAUCGCCUCAUGAUCCGUCUGUCAGGCAUCGUUCGCAAAGAUAAAAGCUCCUUCAACGCCAAGAUCGCCAUUAUGAAUCUUUUCGAUACAAUUGCUGCCAAGUUUCCGCUGGAGCCACUUGUCUCCUCGCUCCCACACGUCGUUUCGACGCUCAACACACUCGUUGACCCUGCGACGACUAUUCCUCGCGAAUUCACACAAGACACUUCACUCAAUGAGCCAAAUGAGACAUUCAAAGCUCUCAUAGACAAGGCGCGCGAGAUCUUGAGCUCUAUUCAAAAGCGCUUGGGCACUUCGGAGUACCUCAAGAUCAUGAGUGAAGUACAAAAAGCUGUGAGGGAGCGCAGGGAAGAACGCAGAAGAAAGAGAAAGGUCGAAGCUGUUGCUGAUCCUGAGAAGUGGGGCAAAGAGAAGAAACGUAGAAAUGACGUGAAGAGAUUUAAGCGGAAAGAGAAGGGGCAGGAGAGUCGUGGAAGAAGAAGGGGAUGGUAG